CUCUUCCUCACCUCAUCCGUACCCGAGCACUGCACAGCACAGCACAGCACAGCACACCACCUUUAGUAUAUAGCAAUAGCACACUCGGCCCCCCUCCUCUUCAACUCCCCCGGCCGUCCUGCUCGCCGGCUUCUGGCUGGCCCCUGCAUCCGCCCAGGUCAGUCUCCCGCUCUCCUCCCUGUCGUCCCGCCCCUCUCGCCCCCGCAAUCGAAUUCCAUUCCAGUCCAUCCGUGCCAUAUCCAUAUCCAUAUCCAUGUGCUGCAAUUCCGGAGGAUUUUUUUCUUCUUCCUUCUACUAGUAGAUCAGAGGCGCUUGGGGGGAUUCAGUGUGCGCCGCUGCUACUGGCCUAGUGCAGUUGCAGCUUCAGCUGCACUUGGAUCUGGGUCCUCGGCUCCUGCUGACCCGAGGAAGAAGAGCAGACGUUCCUGGUGUCCCGCGCUCCCGUUUCCUUCAACCUGACGCAAAUGUCUAACGCAGUAGGGAUUUCGUGUCUUCCGCGCUGCUGAGAUCUGCAGCCUGCAGGAGACGGUAGUGCCGGUUCAUGCGUUAAUUUAUCAUAUAUGCCGCGUCUUUGUGGGUUGGUAGGUGGGAACUGACGGUUCUAUAAUGCUGAUGCUCAAUUCCGCCAGAUCGGGACAUGGAUUGGAUGGGCGUUUCUUUUCUCGGGCAGUUGGCACCCAUGCUUGUCUUUCGUGGUGAUAGGGAAAGGUGGUGUACCAAUCGAUUGUUUCUUUCAAGCUGUGCCCACUGCUCAUUCCGAAUCUGUGCAUCAAAGAUCUGAACACCAAUGUUGCGUCAUCUCUAGAGCUAAUAACACUUCCAAGUCUAUGGUAGCUGCUGAGGUUGUUGUCAAGUCAAAUAUUCCUGCCUACUAGCAAAGAGCAAUUCCAUGAAUCUGUAGAACAAGUGCGUUUGAGAUUAGGAACCGCAAUUUAGAUCUUUUACAGCUGGCGGCUAGCAACUUCGAGCAAAUAGCAAAUGUGUGAGCUCAGUACCUGUUGCCUACCUCUGGCCCCCAACAUUUUUUUUUUUGCUUAUGUUUCCAGCUUUGUCAGUUUUACAAUUUGCAAAAAUAAUAUCCUGGUACAUUAGUUUUCCAGAUCUAUAUGAAAAAAAAUAGAAGAAGUUAUGAUGAGAUAUCCAGUCAGUGUCUAAUAUAAUGCUGCACUGUUCUUGUGUGUCAGUGUGUGUGACCUCAGGGAAUCGAUUCGUUCAUCCAAGUGAAGGCAACCAGACUCCAGGAUGGAGUUCAAAGCCGGCGUUUUCACCGUGGCAAUGCUAGCCAUCGUCGUGCUCUCCACACCAGCAGCCCCGCAGAAGCCCAAGAGCCCUCCCGCUCCGCGAUCCCCAGUCGUCCUGGCGCCGGCGCCAGCGCCCGCACCGGCGGCGCCGCACCACGUGGACCUCGCGGACCUCCUCAGCGUGGCCGGGCCGUUCCACACGUUCCUGGACUACCUGCAGAAGACCGGCGUCAUCGAGACCUUCCAGAGCCAGGCGAACGACACGAAGCGGGGCGGCAUCACCGUCUUCGUGCCCAAGGACUCGGCGUUCGCGGCGCUGAAGCAGACCACGUUCGCCAACCUCACCCAGGACCAGCUCAGGUCGCUGCUGCUGUGCCACGCGCUGCCCAAGUACUACUCGCUGGCCGAGUUCGACCGGCUGAGCGCGCUCGGCCCGGUGGCCACCCUCGCCGGCUCGCAGUACACGCUGAACCUCACCUACGACAUGGGCACCGUCCGCGUGAAGUCCAUGUGGUCCGACCCCAAGAUCAGCAGCAGCGUGUACUCCACCCGCCCCGUCGCGGUGUACGAGGUCGGCAAGGUUCUCCUGCCGAUGCAGAUCUUCAAGAGCGACCCCCCGCUGGCGCCUGCCCCCGCUCCGGCACCGGAUGCCAAGGCAUCCGACGUCGCUCCCAGCCCGGCGUCGGGGAAAUCAUCAGCGAGUGCGAAGGCGAAGGAGAAGGCGGGAGAGAAGAGCUCGUCGUGCCGAGCCGGUGUCGUCGCCCAUUACUUGGCGAUCGCUGUCUCCGGCGGCCUGGUGCUCUUGUGGUGAGGAUCGACGAGUUCGUCCUCACCGUGUGUCCGUGUCGAAGGAGCAAGUACGGGGUUCAGCUUAGGGCCCCCCGUGUUUAAUUUAUAUAUGGGUGUUUAUGGAUUCAUUCUUUUGGACAUAUGGUAGGCCAUUUGUGUUUAGGACUGAGCUGUUGUUGAGUGUUUGCGUCA